AUGACGCCAUUUGCUACACGAUUUCUUAGUUUGUGUCUUCUUGUCGCCUUAUUUUCUCUUGCGCGGGCGACGCUCUACGUUACGGAGCCCGUCUCAUCCACAACUUGCUAUGGCGGUCAGACUUGCACAGUGACAUGGUUGGAUGACGGCGCUGCACCACUGUUGGCUGAGAUUGGUGCCUGCUACGUAGGAUUGUACAGCACCGACAAAAACGUCUUAGUUCAACAGAUUGAACCGGUCAAUGUUGCCAGCGUGCAUUCGCUUGAAUUCAUACCCGAUCCGUCUGCUGGUCCCAAUACGAGUAACUACUAUAUCAUGUUUACGUCUGUCGAGCUCGCCAACUAUACCCAAUACUCGGCCGAUUUUACCCUUAAAUCGAUGUCGGGGAUCUUCGCGAUACCCGUUCCGAGCGACACCUCCGCUAUCCCAGUGCCCACUGCAGUCUUGAAUCCACCCAUUGACUCGAUCAUUCCCGCAACGACCGUGAUAGACGUUUUCUCGUCGGUAUUGGCUGUUAGCAGCCCUUCUUCAACGGUAACUACGAAGAGCACGACAUUCAGCACCACAGCUGUUGUUCCCUCGUCUGGACUCACAACUUCCCGCGUGUCAAGCUCAACGUCGUCGGUCACGCCGCCCAUAUUACCGUCGCCUUCAGCGAUGCAGUCGGCCGCCGAACGAAGCCUGGCUGUCAUGAUCCCUCUGUAUCCACUUCCGUUUGCGCUCGAUGAAGACUCGGAGGGGGGUAUGGGGGACGAUUCCAGCGUGAUCGACCAUCUGGCAGCGCAGUGGGAGAUGGAGGUCUCGGUAUAUUGUUUCCCGAAAUACCGGUGCGAGUACCGUAUUCCUGGCUCACCAGCGAAGGUUCCAAAUGUGCAUGUGGGGCCCGGCCCUCGACACUAUGCUCUGCUUCCAUGUGCGCCGAGAAUGCGGGCCUCAUCUCCGUCAAACCUGGUGAAGAUCACUUGCGACCGAAAGGUGCUACUGUUCCCCUUGCGUGCACAUCUAACCAAACUGCCCAAGAUUGCAAGUCCUGCAGUGAUUCCGGCCGCAAUGCCCACAAUGGUACCUGGUGAUAUGGAAGGACCCGACCCAGGAGCUUCCAUGGAUGGAUGGGGGCUGGAAAUGUUGUAA